AAUAAUUAUAUCAUAUUUUAUUAUAAAAUUUCUUAAUAUGUGAUAUUAUUUAUUAUUUUAAAAAAUGUUACGAUUAACACAAAAUCUAUCUUUAUUAUGGUUGCUAUGGAUUUUAUUUUAUAAUUAUUAUUGUCAUGGCAACAAUCACAAAAAAUCUUUAAUGAAAAAUGAAUAUUUUCAUAAAUUAAAUCAUGAUCUAUAUACUGAAUCAUUUAAUUCAAUGAAUCAUUUCUUUAAUAAAAAUGUAUAUACAAAUUUAAAAUUACCUAAAAAUAAAACAUCUUGUACAAAUGAUAUACUUAAUAUUAUAUUAGGUAUAUAUGAAAAGAAAAAUUGGGCAUUACAAUGUUUGAUUCAUAUAAUUUUCUUUAAUAUUAACAUUUAAUUUUAUUAUAUAGGGUUAGAUGCUACAACACAUCCUCCAUCAGGAAUUCUAGGUGGUGCUAUACAUUGGGUGGGAAGUUAUGAUAUAUGCCUUAAGUGUUUAGGAUAUCAUUCAAUUGAAAAUGAAGAACCAAAAUUUUAUGGAUCAUAUUGUACUAUGGUAUUUAAUAUGAAUACUUCUAUAGCAAUUAUUCCGGAAUUAAGAAUGUCAAUUGGAUUAUGUAUGCCUAAUACUUGUACUAGUGAAGAAGUUAGAAGUAUUAUCAAUACAACUGCAUAUUAUCUCUUACUUAGAUUGAAUCAAAAAGAAAGUUUUUGUCAUCGAUUUGUUGGUGAUGUUCAAAAAGACACAUGGUAUUACAUAGCUAUAUCAAUAUGUUCCGCGUUAACUAUCCUUGUGAUAAUUGCCACAAGUAUAGAUAUGUUUUUAUAUAUUAAAUGGUAUCAUAUACAACAUUUAAACAAGUAUAUUACUGGAAUAAAUCAUAUCUCUGAAAGAAACUCAAUUGAAAAUGUAAAUCAUAUUGAAGAACAAACAUAUCGUUUAUUAGAAUCAGAUGAUAUUAUCCAUAAUGAUCAAGAACUGGAAAGUGUUAGGAUAAUUGAUGCGAAAUACUUGACAACAUUCAAUGAAUAUAGAAAAAGUAUUUUGGAAAAACGUAUUCUCACCAAGAUACUAUGUGCUUAUUCAUUACCAAUUAAUACAAUGAAAUUAUGUGCAAAAAGAAAUGAAGAUAAUAAAUCUAAUGGAACACAUAAUAUCUCAUUAACAUUUUUUGAUGGUAUUCGAUUUAUUUCAAUGAUUUGGAUUAUUGGAGCACAUAUACUACUGCAUGGUUAUAAGUUGACAAAUAAUUUAUUAAUAUUAGCUGGUGAAUUUCGACGUAUUUGGCUAUUCGGAAUGUAUUUGAAUGGACAUUUAGCUCCAGAUAUCUUCUUUUUUAUGUCGGGUUUAUUAUUAUGUUACUUAUGUAUGGGACGAAUCACAAAUGUAAUUGGUGUAAAAAACCAUAUGAAAUUUUGGUUAAUGUUAAUCGUACAUCGAUUUAUCAGACUUACUCCAGCUUACCUUGUUACAGUUAUCUUCUUUACGGGUUUAUUAAAUCAUAUAUACGAUGGACCAUUUUUUCCUCAAGAUAUACAUUCACCAGUAAUAGAGAAUUGUCGAAAACAUUGGUAUUUCUUUUAUUUAACUAAUGUAGUCGAUUUUCAAAAUAGUUGUUUACAAUGGUCUUGGUAUAUUGCAAAUGAUAUACAAUUCACUGUAAUUUUGGCUCCAAUUUUUAUAACUUUACUUAUGUGGAAACGAAUAGCUGGAAUUCUAUUCGCUCUUUUACUUAUUCUAUUAUCUUCAUUAAUUACUUAUUUCACGGCCUACAUUCAUUCAUUUGAAAUCAUGGAUAUAGUUAAAGAAGAAAUCUAUGUGAGACCAUAUACACGUUGUGGAACAUAUAUGAUUGGAAUGUUAACUGGCUGGUUAUUAUAUGAUUAUCCUAGACUUGAAAUGAGAAAUACACGGAGAAAUCAGAUUUUUAUUGUAACAAUUGGUUACCUAGUCGCAGCAUUUCUUUCCGUUCUACCAAUAUUUAUUUCCUAUGGUGUAUUGAGUGGAUUAUUGACUGAAAUGAGUCAUAGAACAGCAGCCGCUUAUUUAGCAUUCCACCGUGUGUCGUUUACUUUAGGCAUUGGCAUUUCAGUUUACAUAUGUGCAACAGGAUGGGGAAAGCCUAUCAACAAUCUGUUUGCAUGGUCUGGAUUUCGUGUACCAGCUCGUCUUACUUAUAGCGCUUACUUAAUUCAUCCUAUCAUUGUUACUAUAUUCAUUAAUGGUGUACAAACUCCAUUUAUCAUAGAUCAAUUGGAGGUUGUUCGUUUAACAGCUUCAACAACUGUAUUCAGUUAUAUCGUAGCGUAUAUCCUAUCAAUGACAACUGAAUAUCCUAUAAGUAUGUUAGAGAAAUAUCUUUUUCGUUAAAGAUUUAUCAACACUAUUUAUCAGAUAUUUAUUACACAUAAUUAUAUCUUACCCUUUUUAUAAUUGUCUAUUGUGACUAUGAUAACAUUAUUUUGUCAUUUCUUUUAUACAUGUAUGACUUGUACUGAAAAUUGGAAAAAUAUUUUUGUUUCCAUGUUUUUUUUCUCUCGUUAAAUCUCAGAUUAAAAGUUUGUCUAUAGU